AUGUUUUUGAACAUCUACAAGCUGUUUAAAACCAACAGACAGAAGAACAACAAUUAUAUAUUUGUAAAAUCAUUCUUGACAAAUUUGAAUGAUUUGGUGGAGCUAGACUUUGUGAAAGAUACUGGUAAUGGUAAUAAGUGCACAUCACAGUAUAGUAAUAUUGGGACUCUAAAUGAUAGUACUUUAAGGCUUGUUGAUAUCAAGAAUAUUAACUUGACGCAUAUUCACAACCUUACAAACAAGAUGUCUGAUGUUAAUGAAGAUAAUGAGAACAACAAAAAUAAUGGAACUGAUGGAGACAACAGAAAUAACAGAGAUAAUAAAGAUGAUGAAAAGAGCAGUUCUUAUGUUCUUGAGAAUACAGAACAUAAGAAGGCCAGAAAAUAA